UCCAAAACGAAAAUAAAAUUUGACCCGACUUUCUUCUAAAGAAAACAACUCUACAUAAGAAAAAAAAAGUUAAGAAAAGACUGUCAUAAAACGAAUAAAAUAUUAUUAUUCUGUGUAGAAAAAGAGGGUUUAAGAAGAGGUUUAUGAGUUGUUGCCAUGGGAACUUUUGUUUCUACACUUUCAGAUUCAAACCCUAGCUCCCCCAAUUCAACAACAACUACCAUGUCUUCCUCCCAAUCAAAAUCCAAGAUUCAAGAUACCCAAGUUCCAAAAUCCAAAAUUGAAGACACCCAAGUAGCAAAAUCCAACAUUGGGGACAAAAAUAUCAAGAUUGAGGACACCCAAGAAUCAAAAUCCAAUCUUGAAGACACCCAAGAUAAGAAAUCUAAUCUUGAAGAGUCAAAAUCCAAGAUUGAGGAUACCCAAGAAGAAAAAUCCAAUCUUGAAGACACCCAAGAAUUAAAAUCCAAGAUUGAGGCUGAAGAGGAAGAAGAGGAGGAGGGUGAAUGUGGGUUUUGUUUGUUUAUGAAGGGAGGAGGGUGUAAAGACUCAUUUAUUGAGUGGGAAAAAUGUAUUGAAGAAGGGGAGAAGAACAAAGAGGAUAUAGUGGAGAAGUGUUUUGAGGUUACAUCUGCUUUGAGGAAGUGUAUGGAAGUGCAUUCUGAUUAUUAUGCUCCUAUAUUACAGGCUGAGAAAGCUGCAGAAGCUGAAUUGGAGAAGGAGAAGGAGAAGGUGCUAGAGAAUGAAGGCAACGACACGGGAUCGGCGCCAUCAGACAGCAAAUUGGAAGGGAUUUCAAGUAGUUCUUAGCUAAAGCAGGCUUUGACAUAGACUGAGCAAG